AUCGGUGCAGCAUUAUGCUGCCUUGCUGGAAGGAACACUGCUAAUGGAAAGAAAACCUUAUAAGAUUCAAUGCAUUAAAUACAUAUGAAUGCAGCAGAAUGCCUUCAAAAGUCUCAUGCUUGUACGUGUUGACAGUCGUUUGCUGGGCAAGUGCUCUUUGGUACUUGGGUAUAUCCCGCCCGACAUCCUCCUAUGUCAGUGGGCAGAUGUCUUUGCCGAUCCGGAAGACUGUGAAAACCCUUAAGAACACUACGUUCAGCAACAUCCGGACGCGAACGCUGAACCCACACGCCUUCGACUUUGUCAUCAACGAGCCUAAGAAAUGUGAGACCAACACGCCCUUCCUGGUCAUCCUGAUCAGCACCACACACAAAGACUUUGAUGCUCGUCAGGCCAUCCGGGAGACCUGGGGCGAUGAGAGCACCUACAGCGACAUCCGCAUCAUCACCCUCUUCCUGCUGGGCCGCAACACGGACGCCGUCCUCAACCAGAUGGUGGAACAGGAGAGCCAGAUCUUCCACGACAUUGUGGUGGAGGACUUCAUAGACUCGUACCACAACCUCACCCUCAAGACCCUGAUGGGCAUGCGCUGGGUGGCCACCUUCUGCUCCCAGGCCCAGUACGUCAUGAAGACGGACAGUGACAUCUUCGUCAACAUGGACAAUCUGGUCUACAAGCUUCUGAAGCCCACCACCAAGCCCAAGAGGAGGUACUUCACGGGCUACGUCAUCAACGGCGGUCCCAUCAGAGACAUGCGCAGUAAGUGGUACAUGCCUAGAGACCUGUACCCCGAGGCUAAGUACCCCCCGUUCUGCUCGGGCACGGGGUACGUGUUCUCAGUGGACGUGGCUGAGCUGAUCUAUAAGACCUCUCUGCACACCAGACUGCUCCACCUGGAGGAUGUGUACGUGGGACUGUGUCUGAGGAAGCUGGGCAUCCACCCCUAUCAGAACAGUGGCUUCAAUCACUGGAAAAUGGCCUACAGCCUGUGCAGGUACCGUCGUGUUAUCACUGUCCAUCAGAUCUCACCGGAAGAAAUGCACCGAAUCUGGAACGACAUGUCUAGCAAGAAACACCUCAGAUGCUAGUGGCACCUGAGGACAACUCAACUUGGACUCUUCUUCAUUUUCUGACAGCAUUAGCUCUCUGUGGGCUACUAGCAUACUACUGGAUCCACUCUGUAGCUGUCGGGUGCAUGAAGCUUGUAAAGCGCAUGUUCUCAUUCAAACACACACUAAAAUAGUCUUGUUGCUAGUCAUUUUGUAAUCUGUCUAGAAUUCCAACUAUAGACUUCACAAACUCAUUUUGAUGAACAUUUACUCUCUAAUGUACAUUUUUUAAAGUAACAUUUACAAGUGAAACCAGAGAGUAUUUAUUGAAAGAAAAAAACUAUUUAUUUGUCAGUGUAAAUCUAUAUACUUUAUGCCAAGUUCUCAUGCUGUUUUGGGGGAUGCCGGUAUUUCCUUACAGCGGGACAAAGCCUCACCCACAUCAUGUCUCAUCCCUCCUACCAAUCUUAUGGCUGGUCAACUACUGUACACACAAUAA